CACACACACACACACACACACGCACCGAUGCUGCACCCAUGAGCAUACAUACACACACACAUAUCAACCAGAUGUCCACAAAAGCUGACUUAGGUGGAUUCUUACCCAGCAUCAUUUUAGCAUGCUCUGGUCCUUGACUUGAGACAGAACAUGAAUCCCCCAGCUCCAGCCUCUCCCAGCAGGGCAGUGAUCUGGGUAAGGAGGGUUCUGGGCAUGUCACCUUCUAAGAUACUAACGGUCCAGGAGGAUUUGCUCUCUCACUGACCUGUGUGAGCAGAAAAUAAUGGUCAUGCCAAGGCAGGAUACAGGCAACAGGAGAUUUCCCUUUUGGGGCCUCAGUUCCCUUACUUGUUAAGUGAGGAGACCUGGGGACCCCUAGCUUUGUCUGAAGGCACGAUGGCUGUUGGAAGUGAGCCUCCAGUGUCAAGUCCACCCUGUAAUUUAAUGGGGCGGCACGGCCCAGGGUGGGACUCCUGCACAGAUCCAGGGUGGUUCUGCCCCUUGGCACCCAGCACCGGGGAGCCCAACUUCCCGACUGCCUGGAACGCUGUCACUUUAAGGCUGGGAGGGGCCUCCAGGUGACACCUGGUACCUGGAGCCGCAGGGAGCUGCGGCCACCCAGGAGUGGCCAGUGGCGCACAGCUGGUGGGUGGCAAGGGCACAGACCCUGGAGAGGGGCACAGAGAGCAGAAGGGUGGGAGGUUACCACUGAGAGUCAGGGGGCCCUGUGGUGUUCUGUGGCAGGUGUGAUGUGGCUGGCAUGGAGGAGAGUGGCUGGGCAAAGCCAGGGUGUAGAGGUCUUUUCUCCCCUAAAGCCCGGUGCCCUCCGCAGCUCUGCAGCACAGGUAGCUUCACUUGGCCCGUGUCGUCCCCUAGCCACCUCCAGCAACCAAGAGGUUAUAGCUGCUCAGUUCCUUGCACCUGGACCACGCCUGAUCACCUGCAGCGCCAUGGAGUGAGCAUCUUCUCCACGUCAUUGACCCGGCACUCUGCAAAGAUGUGCAGCAGAGGCCGCGUGGCGUCCGCCCUUCGCUACAGCAUUACAGCCAGUGGCGCAGUGGUCCUGGUAGCUGGGAUUCUCUGCUUUGCUUGGUGGAGCGAAGGGGAUGCUGGUAGCCAGCCUGGCCAACUGACCCCCAGUGUGGCACAUAUCACACCUGGGGGCCCCCAUCCUGUGCUCAGGUCUGUCAGCUUCUUCUGCUGUGGGGUAGGCGGCCUGUUGCUGCUCUUCGGCCUGAUGUGGUCCAUGAAGGCUGGCACACGAGCACCACCCCGAUGGGACCUGUACCACCUGUCCAGAGACCUGGGCCAUAUCACUGUGGAGUCCUCAGAGAAGGAGGGCUGCAGGACUGCCAUUCCAACUUAUGAGGAGGCCACGUGCUGUCCCCUGGUGGAGGGGCCACUAGCACCACCUGCAUACCCCCCAGAGGAAGACCUGUGGUGCAGGGUGCCAGGGCCAGCCCUGCUUGGGACUCUGCCCCCCUCACCUCCACCCAGCUACUCCACCGUCAUCCAUGCUCGCGAUGCAGGUUCCAGAAAGAUACCAUCUGCUCCUCACUCCUGGCAUUCCAACCCUGGACUAGCUCAAACUGCAGAGACACUACCUUGGUGCUCAGGCUCUUAGCUGG